GCCACUUGCGAGCGGUCAGGCAGGCAAACAUCAGCAAAGAUGUCGUCAAGCAGCAAGGUCAAGGCUCAUGAGCUCGUCUCAAAGUCCAAGGCGGACUUGAUGAAGCAGCUCGAGGAACUGAAGCAGGAAGCGACUGCGCUGCGAGUUCAAAAGGUCACAGGCGGCAACCAGUCUAAGCUGCAGAAGAUCAAGACGGUCCGCAAGUCGAUUGCUCGUGUCCUCACCGUCGUCAACGCAAAGCAAAGACAAGCCGUCCGAGAGCACUCGAAGAACAAGCGUCUUCCUCUCGAUCUGCGACCUAAGAAGACCCGCGCUAUCCGCAGGCGACUCAGCAAGAGCGAGCGAACGGCCAAGACGGAGAGGACAAAGAAGCGCUUGGCAGCAUUCCCGCAGCGCAAGUAUGCCGUCAAGGCAUGA